AUGAGUCGGGGUCGUUUAUGGACGGAGGAGCAGUUUAACUGCCCCGUUUGCCUGGAUUUACCCACCGAUCCUGUGACGAUUCCAUGCGGCCACAGCUACUGCAUGUACUGCAUCGCCGAUUACUGGGACUCUGAGCACAAGAAGAGAGGCACGUGUAGCUGCCCCGAGUGCCGGCAGAACUUCGACCCUCGGCCGCCCCUCUGCCGUAACACCAUGCUGGCAGAAGCCGUGGAGCAGCUGCGCCUGGGCAACCUGAGCUCCGCCGCACGAGAAUCGAUCCGGAGCGCACGCCGAGCUGCCGCGUCCGCCUCAGAACGGGGAGCGCGGAACCCACAAGCCACCCAGAAAAAACCCGGCACGUCGGUGUCCUGUGAUCGGUGCCAGGACAUGAGGGAGGCCGUGAAAACCUGCCUGGUGUGCAUGGCAUCGUUCUGCGAGAGCCACGUGAAGCCACAUCAAACUCAGGAUAAAUUUAAGAGCCAUGAGCUUAUCGCACCGACCGGUGACCUGACACAGAAGAUCUGCCCCGAGCACAAGUACCUACACGAGUUCUACUGCCGGACGUGCCAGCUCUACGUCUGCUGGCUGUGUACGAGUAAUAAACACAAGGACCACGAGAGCGUGUCCACUCAGGUGGAGCGAACUGAAAAACAGAAAACCAUAGCGGCGGUUCAGACGGAGAAUCAGCAGCGACUGCAGGAGAGAGAAAGAGAACUCAAGGACAUGAAGAAAGUCCUGGAUACACUCAUGAAAGAAUCCGACGAGGUAAAUGAAGAAUCAGAAGUGGUGCUGGAUGAGCUCCAGCGUUCUGUGCAGCGCUUGGCAGAUCUGAUCCAGCAGGUGAUGAGCUCCAGCGGGCAGGAGAAGAUCAGCGAGGUUCAGCAGGUGGUGGACAAACUGGAGACUGAGGUCAGUCAGAUGAAGAAGAAAGAAGUAGAGCUGAAGAAGCUGGUGACCUGUCAGGAUAACAUUCACUACCUCAAGACGUAUCAGAAUCUUUGCUCUCCGGAGCUCAGUGAGAUGGGCAGCGUGACGGCAAAUCUGGACGCCUCGUUCAUUCCUGUACGCAACAUCGUCCUGGAUCUGAGGGAGAAGGUGGAGAACAUGUGCAACCAAGAACUGGACAAAAUUAACAAAACAGUCUUCAACAUGUCAGCUUUCACUGUACCCACCCCGCAAAGCAACCAGAAGUCCGGAAUCUUAAAAUUGUUUUCAGGACUGGGAGGUAAAACAGCAAACAGCCGAACACAAGGACCACCAUCUUUGCCCUCUGUAAGUGUCCGAGGCCCAGCGCCUGUAACACGGAACCAGGACCUCAAGAGUCCAAACCAGUCACAGGCUGACAGACCGAGAGCAAAUCACAGCAGAGAGCGAGCUGAUAUGAGUUCGAGCUCGCUGGGUCCUAGAGAGAGACAGAGAAGAAACGAGAGACUCACAGAAUCAGAGAGACAGAAUCAGAACUCAACAAGAUCUUCAACUGGACGAAACAGAAACACCGGUGAUGAUCAGGAGGACGAUACGGUGAGUGUUCACUCCCUACAACCACAAUCAUCACAGAGGAGAGCCUACAGAGAUCAAGACACGUGGAGUUUGAGCUCCAGCAGAUCGAGAGACAGUCGGCUGGGAGAUGACGGACCGACGGCAGGUACAGCAGCUAACAGGGAUGAACGGAGCUCCGUGAGAGAACAGCAACCGCCAACCAGACACCAACCUGAGAGACAGUCGGAUCGGUGGAGUCUCAGCUCACUGUUACCUCGAAACAGGAAGAAGAGGCAAGAAUCAGUAAAUCCUGGAUUGUUCCUGGAUUCUCCAUCUGCAGACUCCAUCAGACCCGCCUUCCCAUCACUGAAGGAGAUCAAUAUCGAGAGUAUUCAGGCUCCUGAACCGAGGAGCAGAGACGAGUUCCUGCAGUAUGCCUGUGAUUUGACUUUUGACCCUAAGACGGCUCAUCGGCGAUUGGUCCUGAGCGAACACGACACCAAAGCGGCGCUACAAGCCAGCGCCCAGCCGUACCCCGACACCCCAGAACGCUUCGACGGCUGGACUCAGAUCUUCAGCCUCGAGCCUCUCAGCUUCACCCGCUGCUACUGGGAGGUGGAGUGGCGUGGACGGGGCUCUUCGGUGGGAAUCGCCUGCGCCUCCAUGCCCCGCGAGGGCUCGGACGCCAGGGCGGGGCUGGGCUACAACGACCAGUCGUGGAGCUUGGAGCUGUCGGAUAUAUGCUACGCCGCCCUGCACGGGAAUCAGAAGCAGGAGAUCCCCAUGACCUACUGCCCCAGAGUGGGCGUGUAUCUGGACCGAGAGGCGGAGACUCUGACUUUUUAUGGCGUGGACGACAUGCUCGUGCACCUCUACACGUUCUCCGACGUGUCGUUCAGGCAGCCGCUGUUCGCCGCCUUCGGGGUGGGGAGCGGGGUCGGGGUCGGCCUGGAUUUUGCCCUGGGGAACUUCAGUUCCACCACAGACAGCAUCAAGAUCUGCGCCAUCUGAAAUACGGUCAUGUCGUAGUGGUUAAAAGAACAGGUGUCCAUGAUGUUACCCAUACUGUUUCACUAUGUGGACAAAAAUAU